AUGGAGAAUCUAGCAGCGUUCCUUCGUAUGGUGCAGACUGAGGCGGACCAUACGAACGAAGCCAAUGCCAACGCCUUCGCCCAGGCCCUAGCCAGGUUCGAAGCUCUUCGCAACGAACUGAGCAGCGUCAAUGAAGCCCAGGAGACUUUGAAUGGAAUCUCCAACCUGCUGCAUAACGACAAUAUGCGGCCUGAAGACAUCUACAACAGCGAGGACGAUCCUACCACUGUCUGGAUCAAAGAGGGUCUGUAUCGAACUAUCCAAAACGUCUCCUGGCGUCGAAUGCAGCGAGCCACUGUUGCCCUUCGGAAACUCGACAUCAAUGAGCCCCAGUGGAUACAGCGUCUUGAGCGGCUUCAGAACACCAAAAAGCUCGAAGAUUGCCAGUGGAUGCUCCAGAAGUCGAUCAGACGGUACGAACGGGCGCUGCGAAAGCUUAACGAAGUCGAGCUGGAGCUCAACAUGGCAACCACGGAAGCUCCGCUCAUCCAGGCAGACGCGAUACCAGCAAGAACAGUCUGGAAUUUCCACAUCCAGGACCGGACUCCACAGCACCAGCAGCCUCAGCAUCAGCCAGGGGUAUCGCAGCUCGCCUGGAGCUGGAUUCAGGAGGAAGAUCCAGUUGAAUUCUCUCCGGAGAAUCCAGGUCCCCUGCCUGCCCUUCCUGACGUAUUUGAUGUAUUCAUCAACGCUGGAGGUUCCUUCGUUUUUCAGUUUCGUGACGAAGACGGACUCUGCAAGGCACGAAUCACCGACACGAAAGGCAACGUUGUUCGGUACGGACAAGCCUUCUACUUUCUAAAGAAGCCUUACCGAAUGUUCCUCUACGAAGGAAUCUCCAAAGAGGUUCGUGUCACAAUUCCCCCUGAGAUUACGGCCUUCGACGAUACUCUCCUACGACGCUAUCGCUCCAUGACAAUUGGGCUGGUGGCAGACCGCUCAGGGCCGACUUGGAAUUCCCAGACUCGAGCCGUCCGAACUGCAGGCCGCCCAGCGAAACUCCAAAUUCGCUACUAUCCAUCAGAUGCGGAAACUCCAACUAGUUUCAUCGUCUCCCACUCCAAUCAAGGAAUCUCCCGCGAUAAUGUCGUCACUGGCCAUACUCUCACACGUGAGUUCGAGGAGAAUAUGAAGGAAGAGCUCACUGAGAUCUGGAAUGCCCAGUACACUGCAUACAAGGACGACUGGCAGAAAGCCUUUGAGAUUUGGUGUGAAAAAAGGGCCGAAUGGGAGUGGACUUUCUUCGUUCGCGCUCGUGAGGUAUGGUGGAAAAUCCUGUGGCCGCACGAUCUUACUAUUCAUGAUCUUCGCACUGUCACUAAGUCUCAGGCCUUGAUUCCUUGGGACGAUCCGGAUCCUACGGAUGCCUAUUCCUUCAACGCCAACGGCAGCCGACGUUUUAUAGAGAUUCGGAUGGCUGAUGCUGAAGACAAUCUCGCUGACGGCGACGACUAG